AUGCGUAAAACUAAAGCUAAGACUAAGCCAACCAAGCCGGAUGCGAUCAUAGUAAAGAAGGCUGGUGAACAAUCGUAUGCCGACAUAUUAAAGAAAAUAAAGUCGCAACCUGAACUGAAAGAACUUAGUGCUAAUGUCAAGAACAUCCGAAAGACGGCCAAAAAUGAGUUGCUGUUUGAGCUGAAAAAACAAGACGACCCUGCUACCCAGAAAUUUAAAACUGCGGUUGAGCAUAUACUUGGGGAAAGCGCCCAUGUGCGCUCGCUUACUCAAGAGUCUCUUCUAGAAGUGAAGGAUAUAGAUGAGGUAACGACGAAAGACGAGGUGUGCGAAGCAUUGAUCGAAUGCCUUGGUGGUACUAAUCUUGAACCAACGGUAAUCCGCUCAAUGUGCGCUGCCUAUGGGGAUACGCAAAUAUGCACCCUUAGCCUGCCCUCAGCGAUUACCCGAGAGCUAGUAGAAAAAGCCAAAAUACGCAUAGGCUGGGUCAAUUGCCGAAUAAGGUUUAAAGAAGUUCUGGCGAGAUGCUAUAGGUGUCAUGAUUAUGGGCACAUGUCUAGAAACUGUAAGAGCGCAGAGGACCGAUCCGCGCUAUGUUUUAGAUGCGGAGGAAAGGAUCACAAGGCUAGAGACUGA